AUUUUAAUUCCAAAAAUUUAGAUUUGACAGCARUUUUAAUCAUAGCGGAGCAGUAAAUUCAUUUUGUUUUUUUAGCAUUCGAUUGAAUUUAAAUUGUGUUAAUUUAGAAAAAUGUCGGAACAUUCAGAUGAGGUCAGUCAAGUUACAAAAGAUGGUGAGAUCGAUGGACCAAGGAUAAAUAAUUUUGCCCAAAAAUUUUUGGAUGAAUUAAAUGAGGAACGUGAUAGACUGAGUAAUGAGUUUCCAUUGUGUGCGCUACUUAUAGAGGAAGCUAUUGAAAGAGUGUGCACUACAGGCCGAAUUCCUGGCAGAGAAUAUUAUGCUGAUGUUUACAAACAAAAGCCUAUCAAAUUGGUACAAAAAGUAUUUGUCCCAAUUAAACAAUACCCAAAGUUCAACUUUACUGGAAAAAUAUUAGGCCCUAAAGGCAAUUCACUUCGUCGUUUGCAAGAAGAGACCCAGUGUCGCAUUGUCAUCAAGGGACGGAAUUCCAUACGCGAUCGUGCUAAGGAGGAAGAAAUGCGUAAUUCCGGCGAUCCACGACACUCUCAUUUAAGCAAAGAUUUAUUUGUUGAGAUUAGCACCGUCGCAACACCUGCAGAAGCUUACGCUCGUGUGGCUUACGCUCUGGCUGAAAUAAGAAAAUAUCUAGUUCCUGACAAGAAUGACGACGUUGCGCAAGAACAACUUCGUGAACUUAUGGAAAUUGAUCCCAAAUCCGCAAAGCAGUUUUCUAAAUCGAYAUAUGAAAACAAAAUAGUAUCCAGUGGUCCAUCCAAGUAUUUGAAUUUUGUAAAACAAUAUGCAUAUCAGAUUGAUCCAUCUAAAGAGGAGGAAUCAGAGGAGGAGUAUUAUGAAACACGUAUUCCUAAACGUACAAUCGUUCCGGCUUACGAAUAUACCCGAGCAAAAAUUGUGCCAACAACUUUGCCCUAUAAACGUCCACCUACUGCCUCUAUAUACGGAACUCAAAUGAAACGUUUCCGCGAAGCUCCAGUUAGACCAGCAAUAAGACCCGUUGCACAUGGAGUAUUAAAGAGAUAUAAAUAAAUAACAGUAUAACAAAUUUUCAUUGAAAUAAAUAUACAGCAUAAUUAAUAA